AUGACGGGGAACGAAGCAGAGCCUAACCAAGACUACGAUCUCGACAUUCCAAUCAACUCAACCUCCGGACUUCGCCAAGGUCUAACCUCGUACGGCGACGCCCACUUUUCUCUAUUCCUACGCAAAGUAUUCAUCAAAGCACUUGGAUACUCCGAGGAUUCUCUCUCAAGACCCAUUAUCGGUAUCAUCAAUACAUUCUCCGGCUUCAAUCCAUGCCAUGCCAAUGUACCGCAGCUUAUUGAGGCCGCCAAGCGGGGCGUGCAGCUUAAUGGAGGGCUGGCAAUUGAAUUCCCGACCAUCAGUGUUGCCGAGUCGUUCUCGCAUCCGACUAGUAUGUUCCUGCGGAAUUUGAUGAGUAUGGACACGGAGGAGAUGAUUAAGGCGCAACCAUUGGAUGCUUGCAUUAUGAUUGGAGGAUGUGACAAGACGGUUCCUGCACAGCUGAUGGGUGGGAUCUCUGCCAAUAAACCCAUCCUCCCUCUUAUCACUGGCCCUAUGCUUCCAGGUAGUCAUCGUGGGAAAAGAAUCGGUGCAUGCACUGACUGUCGCAACAACUGGGCUGCUUUUAGAGCUGGUGAAAUUGAUGUUGAGGAGAUUUCGGCUAUCAAUGAAGAGCUUGCUCCUACGAUUGGAACUUGCGGUGUCAUGGGAACUGCGAGCACGAUGGCCUGCAUCACUGCAGCGCUAGGAAUGAUGCCUCUCCGAGGUGCAUCUGCUCCAGCAGUAUCAUCUGCUCGACUAAGAAUUGCAGAAGAGACUGGUGCAAACGCUGUGGCAGUAGCCAAAGCGGCAAGAAAGCCACAAGAAGUUUUGAGCAAGGAAUCCUUCUUGAAUGCCAUCACGGUACUUCAAGCGAUUGGAGGGUCCACGAACGCAGUAGUUCAUCUGCUAGCUAUUGCAAACCGACACCCCGAUCUCCAAGGUGUCAUAACAUUGCAGACAUUUGAAGAAAUUGGAAAGAAGACCCCGCUUCUGAUUGAUCUCAAGCCCAGCGGAGAUAAUUAUAUGAAUGAUUUCCACAAUGCCGGUGGCAUGUUGGCGCUUCUGCAAGUCCUUCGACCGCUGCUUCAUUUGUCCGCCCAGACUAUCAGCGGCCAGACACUGGGUGAGGUCUUGGAUGCGUCGAAAUCGAAGCUCUCAUUCGCACAGGAUAUCAUUCGACCGCUUUCGAAUCCUCUUCACCCGUCGUCUUCUCUGGCUAUUCUUUAUGGCAACCUCGCGCCAAAUGGAGCUGUGAUCAAAGCAUCUGCUUCAAAGGAUCGAUCUCUCCUCUCACACACUGGAUCGGCUGUUGUAUUCGAGAAUUCUGCAGACCUAGCUCUACGGAUUGAUGACCCGGAUCUUCCUGUGACAAGGGACAACGUGUUAGUGCUCAAAGGCAUCGGCCCAAUCGGAAACCCGGGGAUGCCAGAAGCAGGUUUAAUUCCAAUACCCAAAAAGCUAGCUGCUGCUGGCGUCAAGGAUAUGCUGCGAUUAUCGGAUGGUCGGAUGUCAGGUACUGCAGGAGGUACCAUCGUACUGCACAUUUCACCGGAGGCGGCGGUACCCGAUUCUCCGUUCGGGAUUGUUGAGACCGGAGACUUGAUUAUCUGCGACAUUGAAAACCGUAGGCUUCAUCUUAACAUCUCAGAUGAUGUAUUGCAAGCUCGUAUCUCACAGAGAAAGCAAGUUUUGCAGAGUGGGGGUGGUCCGGUACAGUCGAGGAAGCAGCGCAGAGGAUAUCGCGGGUUGUAUGAGCGGCUAAAUCCCUUGCGCGUCAGCGACGCGUCUCCGACAUGGAGCAUUGAUGCUCCAGACUAUUCUAUCUCGAAUUCCACUCGCGCCAUGAGCUCUGACGCCAUUCGCCCUCGUGGCCGGCCGGCUCACCCUCCGGGCCCGACAGUAUUGGCAUACACCCCCGACGGCCGACGAGUCAUUACCGGUGGAUCAAAUCAAGCGAUUCGUAUCUAUACGGUCGGCGAGGAUGGUGAACCAAAAACAGUGGACGGAGCCAUUGAUGGACACUGUGCAAUUGGCGCCACGAAUACAUGCUUUCUCAUGGGCGCGGAAGAUGGAACGGUCUGGCAGUACGACGCCGUGACUGGUCAGCAGGGCCUCUUGCUACUACGAUGCGCAUUGCCGAUUCGAGAUAUUGCGGUGUCUAGAGAUGGCGAGUGGGCCGCAGUGGCCAGCGACGAGCUUUCGGUCAAGAUUGUCAAGAUAGAUGACAUGACUCAGACGAAAUACCUCCGGGAACAAGAGAAAGGGGCAAAGCACGUCGCAUUCGACCCCAAUGGCCGUUACGUGGCUGUUUCCGACAUUAACGGCAAACUCUACAUCUAUUCUCUGAACGAGGAAGAGCCAGAGCUGGUGCGCAAACUUGACGGUGUCAUCCAGGCACUUGAGCCGGAAAAGGAGGCGACGUCCAAAGCUGUGUGGCACCCCGACGGCACCGCAUUUGCCGUGGCAGAAGCAACCAGGGAUAUUUCCAUCUACUCAAUUUCGGAGUGGAAGAAGGAGAAGUCUUUUGCUGGAGGACACACGGGCGACAUCACUGCUCUGAGCUGGUCCCCAAAUGGAGCGCUUCUGGCAUCUGCGGGCGCCGAUGGGCAGAUUGUGCUUUGGGAAAGCAAGACACAGAAGAUCCUUCAGCACUUCGAAUUUGCCAACGUUAUCAACAUUGCGUGGCACCCAAACAAGAACUCCCUGUCAUUUACCAACUCGGAUGGAGAGCUCUUCAUUUAUGACAACUUUGUUCCUAGGGAUCAGGAGGCUCAGCUCGCAAAGCCUCUGCAAGCAGCUCCCAUCUUUCCCGGUCCCUUGACCGAGAUCUCUACCAACGCUAGACAGACGUUGGCUGACCGAUCUCGGGAUGCAAUCAAGCGUGCGGCACGAGCAGGCACCCCCGACUCCUUGGAUGAUAUUCUAGGCGAAGAUGAGGAGAUGGCUGACUUUGUCGAGGAUGACGAUGGAGCUGGAUACGCCGAAGAGCUCAAUGCAUUCGGGAAGCGGCCCAAUGGUCACCUGGAUGCAAUCGAUGGCCCAGAGAGCAAGAGGGCUUUCUCAGGCUCUGUGCAGGUCAAAGCUCACCCACCUCUCCAGCCCGGCAGUACACCAUGGGCAGGCAAUCGACGAUAUCUCUGUUUGAAUCUGACUGGUGCUGUCUGGACUGUUGACCAGGAGACACAUCAUACCGUGACUGUCGAGUUUUAUGACCGAGAGGCCCACAGGGACUUUCAUUUCACAGACCCAUAUCAAUAUGACAAGGCCUGCCUUAACGAAAACGGUACGCUUUUCUCCAAUAAUCCCGAAGAUGGCCCUGCUUCAAUCUUCUACCGACCACACGAGACAUGGACAACGCGAGCGGACUGGCGGACCACCUUGCCAGAAGGCGAGGCAGUUCGAGCUUUGGCACUCAGCGAAUCUUACAUUGUCGCUAUCACAUCAAAGGACUAUGUGCGGGUCUAUACACUCUUUGGAACACCUUUCCGAGUGUACCGACAAAAGAGCCAGGCCGUGACAUGCUCUGCUUGGCGGGAUUAUAUCAUGACCAUUGGCAAUGGUCCUGUGUCAGCUGAUGGCCGACAGACCACUUUGCAAUACACAAUUGAGAAUGUCAAGCGUGACGAGAUCUGCCAAAAUGAAGAUGUGGUCGCCCUUCCAUCAGGAGCUCAACUUCAGAGUGUCUUCUUCUCUGACAUGGGAGAUCCUUGCAUUUAUGACACAACAGGCACCCUUUUGGUGCUGCAGCACUGGCGCACGACUGGCCAGGCACGGUGGGUGCCUCUUCUGGACACCAAGCGACUCGCCCGUCUUGCCGGCGGCCGCAAAGAAGAGACAUACUGGCCCGUGGCUGUUGCCCAGGACAAGUUCCACUGCAUCAUUCUCAAGGGUGGUGACAAAAACCCAUACUUCCCCCGGCCGCUACUCAGCGAGUUCGAUUUCCAGCUCCCUAUCUCCAGUAAAUCGGUGAAUGAGUCGAACGAUGAUGCCGCCGCUGGGAACGAAGUCUCCCGUUUCGAGGAAACAUUUGUGCGCGGUAGUGUUCUUCUGUCACUCUUCCGCGACCUGCUGGCUUCGACCAACGCAACCUCGUCUCAACGAACCGAGUUGGCGCGCAAGGAGCUGGAUAUCGACAAGACGCUGCUGCAAAUGCUGGCCAUUGAAUGCAGAGAAGGCGAAGACCGUGGUAUGAAGGCAUUAGAACUCGUGAAUCUGAUGACCGACCGGAAUGGCAAGAUGAUUGAGGCAGCGGCCAAGGUCGCUCAACGCUAUGGACGUGGCGUGUUGGAAGACAAGAUCCGAGAUCUGGCUGAACGACGCGUGAUGGGCAUGGGUGAUGAUGACGAACUGGCUUGA